CAGUGCCACAUAUAUCUGUGCUAGGGGAAACUUCACCCAAAGCCACUUUCUUAACACAGUUCCGUCCAACGUCACUUUACAGCAGACAUGGACCACAUGAUCAACUGGAAGGCGUUGGACAAUGUCCCUCUGCUCUUCUACAUCCUGGCAUUGAAGACCCUGGUCUUGUGCCUGGGCUUCGCUGGAGUGAAGAUCUAUCAGGCUAAGAAGGAAGAGGCCAAGCUGAAGAUACAGAGGGCAGAGCAGAGGAGGAUAGCGGAGCAGGUGCAGGAGCUCCUGGAUAACGAGCUCCUGGACAACAAGAAGGAUGACUGACCCGGAGGAACAAGGGAGAGUGUGAGGAGGAACUACAGUAUGUCACCUGACCAGACUGGGGACCUACAUGCUCCAAGGAUGGGGCGGAGCUCUGAUUGGCUGGUCUGGGGAGGAAGUGUUGAGAAUGUAUAGUUCCUGUUGGACAGUACUUACCCAGAAGAGGCCUGGGGUCCUGGACAUUGCUAUGGGUGUCAUUCUUUUUUUACACAAACUUUUAACUUCAGAGCCACCAGAUGUUUUGUAAAUAAAGACUGUUUUUGUACCUCUGUUGGAGCAGCCUUUCUUUGUCACAUUUGAUGUAUAGAGCUGAAUGUUGGAGACAGUGGUGUGAUGGAGACGUUGUCAGUCUAUUGACUACACAUUAGGGGGCAUUUCAUUUGUCCUGAUCCGAUGAGGAAGCCACUAUAGCACUAAAGUCUGUUAUCAUGUUGACUGUUUUCCCUGGUUCAUCUGUCUGUAUGAUUAGUGUACUUUUGGUACUUAUUUGAAUGAUUUUAUAGCUUUUUUUUGACUUGCUGAUUAUCUUGAAAAUCGGAGAGGAGUCACAAAAGCACUUAAUCAAAUGUGUUAUUAGACUAUUGAGAAGUCUUAGUGGCUUAGUUACUGUACAUGGCUCGGUUCCCUGCACAUUGUAAAUUUGGUAUUGGCACUGACCCUGUUAAUAUAGCUUCCUCUUAUUUCUGAUGUUUUUCUUAAACAAUUAUUAGUUAUUUUGAUAUUGAGCACUGCACUGUUGGGUAGAGCUUACAAGUUAAGCAUUUCACUGUACUUUUGUGCCUGUGAAAACUUUUUAACUUGUAACGGUGAUAGUUUGAAAGGGUGCACAUCCAACUGUCACCAUAGGGAGGCAGCAAAGUGCCACCAAAUGGCCAGAAUGUGAAGUGGCUCCAGACAGUACUUGCCUACGUUGAACAUUUGAUGAAAAUAAACCACAAUUAAAACAAA